CGCAUACCUAGCAUACCUGGUACCAAGCAAGGAGCUUAAGCUUGACCUCUCUGUCAAAGAAAACAAACACCACCACCACCAGCCUCUUUGAGCUCUCCACCCAUCCUAUCCUUCCUUUGAUCUUCAAACACAAAUAUAUUGUCCCGCUUCUGCGCUGACCGCAACCCUCCCGCCAGCUAUUUAUUACUACCGACGGCGCCCUGCCCUGUCGCACUUCAACUUCAACCUCGAAUCCAGACCUCUACCAUACAACCACUUGUCGCCUCUACGCCAGGAAACUUUCAUCACAACAUGUCUGGCAACGCGUCCGAGGACGCGGAGAAGGCUCCGUCUCUCGCAGAUCGUAUAACUCGACCAGCAACUUCGUCGUGGGCUGAUGAAGUUUCUUCUCCCACUGGCGCAACUCCUACGAAGGACACCCCAUCCCCACUUCCUGCUGCCCAGGUGGACGGAACUGCUACAAUUCUCGGUGGCUCUGGAAUGAUGGAGGAUGACGACGAUGGACCAAUUGAUCUUUACUACAGCGAUCAGCAGAAGCAGAGAGGUCUUGACAGUCAGGACCGUCGCAUUAUCAAAACAUGGGAAGACCUGGGCCUGUAAGUCAACCUGCUCUACGUCGAUGUGUAUGCUCAUGGAACUCAUGCGGCGCGCAUCGAUCAAACGAAUUUUGUAAUAAACCCAAUACCUCAAACAUGUACUGACCCCUCGUUCUAGUAAUCCACUGCUACUCAAAGGACUCUAUUCAAUGGGUUUUCUGAGACCAUCAAACAUUCAGAGUCAAGCCCUACCUCAUCUUCUACUCGAGAACCCUCCGCCAAAUAUGAUUGGUCAGUCGCGAUCUGGAACUGGAAAGACGGGAACUUUUGCAAUCACUAUGCUUGCUCGCCUUGACUUUUCCAAGCCGAACAUACCACAAGCUAUGUGUAUAGCACCAACUAGAGAAUUGGCUAUACAGAUCGUCGGUGUUAUUCAAACUAUGGGCCAGUACUUUGUGGGUCAGGAGACGUUGAGAGUACACUCUGCUGUGUCGCCUGAUCCAAAGGAUCCAAAUAGCCCUCCUCCCCAUAGAGGACCAGUCAACGCAAUGGUUGUGGUUGGAACUCCUGGCACAAUAGAAGGUCUCAUUAAACAACGUCAACUUAACACAUCUCAAUUGAGAAUAGUGGUUUUAGACGAAGCGGAUCAAAUGUUGUCCUCGCAAGGGCAUGGGGACAGUUCUCUUCGUAUCAAACGGUUCGUGUCUGUACCUUGUCCUAUUGAUUUAGUCUAAUUGACAACAGAUUCACUCCCCCGACUGCCCAAGUUCUCUUGUUUUCGGCAACCUUCCCCGAAAAUGUCAACAAAUUUGCGAGCUUCUUCUGUCCAGAUCCCAUGAGAUUGGAAUUGAAGGUUGAAGAGUUGACCGUGAAGGGGAUCAAACAGAUGUUUGUGGAUUGUGAUAGUCAAGCGGGAAGAGAUGGUCAAUAUGAGACUCUGGUUCAACUGUAUGGUCUUACGACAAUUGGACAAUCUAUCAUUUUCGUCAAGGUAAGUUUCCAAGACAGGGAUUAAGAAUUUACAGUUGCUUACUCGAUAUUAAAUAGACGCGAGCAACAGCCGAUGCAAUCGAACAUAAAUUGUCGGAGGCCGACCACCAGGUUCUUAAACUCCAUGGCGGUAUGCUGGGAAGUGAGCGCGAUAACGCUAUUCAACGAUUCCGUAACGGAGAAUUCAAGGUGCUUAUUACAACCAACGUCUUUGCACGAGGAAUUGAUAUCUCGGCAAUCUCAUUGGUAAUCAAUUAUGACGUUCCAAUGAAGAGAUUAUCACCAAAUGGCAGAGAUGAAGUCCCAGAUUUUGAGACAUAUCUUCAUCGAAUCGGUCGAACUGGCAGAUUUGGACGUACUGGAUUGGCAAUCAGUUUUGUCUUCGAUAAACCCUCUUUUGACGCGCUAUCAGCAAUCGGAAAUUAUUUCGGUGUGGAAAUGACUCGGUUGGAUCUUGAUGAUCUUGAUGGGGCAGAAACAUUGGUGAAGGACAUCAUCAAUAAGAACCAAAAGGAAAACCAAAAAGCAGUGUCCGGAUGAAAGGAGCUGGUUUCAUACUUGCAAGGACAAGCCUGUGUUGGCAUUUUUCAUG